GGUGGGAGGAGCUUCCUGCGGCCGCCCGUGCGCUGAGCCCGCCAUGGCGGUGAUGGGGGUGCAGGUGGUGGUGACCCUGCUGGCCGCCAGCCUCAUGCAGAAGAUGGCCCCUCACUGCUCCUUCGCCCGCUGGCUGCUCUGCAACGGCAGCCUGUACCGGUACAAACACCCCUCGGACGAGGAGCUCUGCGCCCUGGCUGGGAAGCAGCGGCCCAAGGCCAAGAGGGACAGGAGGGUGAACGGGGUGCUGGAGGACAAGCCCCUCUCUGUGCCCCGGGACAUCGACCUGCGCCUGGACACCACCCCCAUCACCGCCGUGGAUGCCCUGGUGCUGCGGUACUUCCUGGAGUACCAGUGGUUCGUGGACUUUGCCGUGUACUCCACCGCCGUGUACGUCUUCACCGAGGGCUACUACAGCCUGGCCAACCCCCCCCGGGAGACCAACCUGGGAGUGCUCUGGUGCCUGCUGACCGUCCUCUUCUCCGUGAAGGUGUUUUUCAUGGUGAUGCGCCACUAUUUCCGCUCGGAGGAGGGGGGGGAGCGCUCCGUGUGCCUCACCUUCGCCUUCUUCUUCCUCCUCCUGGCCAUGGUGGCCCUGGUGGUCCGGGAGGAGCACCUGGAGUUCGGCCUUGAGGCUGGGCUGGCUGGGGUCAGCACUAACCUGGAGCCCCUCCUGAAGCAGCGGGGCUGGGAGUGGACGCUGCCCCUGGCCAAGCUGGGCUUCAAGCUGGGGCUGGUGGCCCUUUGCUCCUUCCUGGGCGCCUGCCUGACUUUCCCGGGGCUGCGCCUGGCCCAGACCCACCUGGAUGCCCUCAGGAUGGCAGCUGACCAGCCCCUGGCACAGCUCCUGCUCCACCUGAUUUUCCUGGCGCCCGUCCUGGUGGUGGUGAUGUGGGUCAAGCCCAUCUCCCGGGAUUUCCUGCUCCGCGCGCCCAUGGGCAAGGAGACCGUGCAGCUGAUGUCGGACUCUGCCUUCGACAGCGCGCGGCUCUGGAGCAUCGUGGGGCUGUGCCUGCUGCGCCUGCUCGGCGCCCGCCGCCACCUCCAGGCCUACCUGGGGCUGGCCGAGCGCUGGGUGGAGCAAAUGAGGAAGGAGGCCGGGCGGAUCCCAGCCCUGGAGAUCCAGCAGAAGAUCACCAGGAUCUACUGCUACGUCCCCGUGGUCACCCUGCAGUACCUGGGGCCCGUCAUCCUCACCCUGCACUGCACUCUGCUGCUCAAGACGCUGGGGCACCUCUCCUGGGGGCUGUACCCGGAGCCCCCCCCGGUGUCCCCGGCGGUGCCGGCGCCGGGCCCUGCGGGCGAGGAGGGCGAGGACGUGCAGGUGGUGGUGCAGCAGAUCACGGGCAUCCUGGACUGCAUCUUCACCCCCCCCUUGCUCCGGGGGCUCUUCUCCUUCCUCACCUGGUGGGUGGCCGCCUGCCAGGUCGUCACCAGCCUCUUCGGCCUCUACUUCCACCAGUACCUGGCGGGGUCCUGACUGGGAGGAACUGGGACGUGCCUCGGGGCACCGUCCGUGCCCGGCUGCUGCUCCUGCCUCGACUGGUUCCCCCCUCUUUGCACGUGCUGGUGGCACCCCUGGACACGUGGGGGGGAUGUUUGUGCUGCCAGCUCAGGGCAGGACGGGUUUUGUGCCCGGGUCGGGGUGGGCAUUGCCCGCCCCUGUCACCCGUCACCGCCGUGCCUGCUCCCA